AUGGAUCUUUUGGAUUCUCAGGAACCAGGAGAGUCAACACAAGCAGAAGCGCUUGGUUUUGUGGACCAAUUUUUGAAGGACAAAGAUCUAAGUUUUUCCCCGGUGGUUCUCCCGGAAACUAGUCGGAAAAGGAAGUCACCACCUUUCUCAGGUGCAAAAGGACGUCAAUCUCUGGCCAAAAGAAUCAAGACCAGAAGUCCAACCAGGAAAAUGAGUGUCUUUGAUUGGGGUAGUGAUCAGUGUGAUGUGAGUGACCCACAAAACUCUCCAUCCACUUGCAAAGACAUUACAUGCUUAAAGAGAGGAGAAGACCGUGUUGCGGACCAUGAUCCUGGAGUGAAGAAAGGGUUUGUGGAUCUGUGUGAGGAUGGAAAAGUCUCAACUCAUCCCACUCAAAGAUUUAUGCAGAAUAGUUCUGCAAACCAACACAAGAUGGAACAAACACCAGGUUCGAGUCAGGGCAUUAUGUUUAUCUCACAUAUGGAUGCUCAGUUGCAGGAUAAGGCGUUGAAUGAGCAGUUGGAACCUGAGGAAGAUUUUAUUGAUGUCGGUAUCAGCACUCAGAUUGCUGCUGAAGCAAUGAGUGCUUUACUGCAUACUCCCUGCACUAAAGAAGAUGCUUGUGAAUCAGACCCAAUUUCUGAGAAGAUUUCAGAAAUGAGGGAUCAAGUUAGUAAUCUUUCUAGAAGGAACAAUGAUACCAUUGAGGAUGGACCUGAAAGAGACAAUUGGAGUGGUCCGCUUGGUACUUUACGGAAGGAAAGAAACUCUAAGAAGAAGAAAAAUUUCACUAAGAUAGAGAGAAUCAGGACAAACGUCUCUGCUACAACAUGUCUUCUCAACUUAUGUGAAUGGAGGCAUCCCAGGGCCAAACGAUCUCGUCUUAUGCAAAGGCAUCACAUCUCAUCCAGGAAACCUUUUCUGGCUAAAGACAAAAGCGAAGCCAACACUUUUUCAAGUGGGUUACGAGUACCAUUAAGUGGGACAAGACAAGCCUCUUCUUGCCAAUCAGUUGUCAAUGAUUCGAAAGUUGUAAACCAUGCAUCUCCAAGGAAAAUAUAUGGCAGAAGUCGCGAAAGUCCUUGCAAUGAAGAUAUGCCCAGGCCAUUCCUUCUGAAGGAGCUCACUAGGCUUGGAGGGCCAGGAAAUGUAGGUGACUUCAUGUGGAAAGACUUGAGGAGACGAAGAAACUUGGCACAUGUUCGAGUCUUAUUCAGCCAGAAUCUAGAUGUUGAAACAAUCAAGCAGCAAAAGAAGAUCAUGGUUCAACUGGGAAUUUCUCCCGCAUCUUCCUCAGCAGAUUCAACACAUUUCAUAGCAGAUAGAUUUGCUCGGACAAAGAAUAUGUUGGAAGCCAUAGCCCUUGGUAAACCUGUUGUUACACCUCUGUGGCUGGAGAGUUGUGCACAAACAAGAUGCUUGAUAGAUGAGAAGAGUUACAUCCUAAAGGAUAGCAAAAAGGAAAAAGAAGGGUUCUGCUUGCUUACAUCUUUGGCCCGUGCGAAACAGCGUCCUCUUCUUAAGGGGUUAAAAGUCUGCAUCACUCCCAACAUUAAACCAAGCAGAGGUAUGAUUGCUUACUUAGUGAAGGUGACUCAAGGGCAGGUAGUGGAGAUAAGUGAGAUAAAUGCUGAGGAGGAUCGAAGAUUUCCAGACGAACUAUUGAUUCUUUCUUGCGAAGAAGAUCAAAAUUUGUGUCUACCUUUCAUUAAUCAAGGAGCUGUAAUCUACACCUCAGAGCUUUUGCUGAAUGGGAUCGUGAUUCAGAAACUGGAAUAUGCCAGGCAUGGUCUCUUCUCAAUUGCAGACAAAAGGAACCAAAGAAACACCAAGUUUACAGCAACACGCCCACUUCUGCCUGCUUACUGA